CGAACGACAACUGUCCAGCCUACAGGACAUCAUGGACUCCUGGCUCAAGGUCCAAUCCACCUGGCUAUACCUGGAGCCCAUCUUUAGCUCCCCAGACAUCAUGAUGCAAAUGCCCGAAGAAGGGCGGCGGUUCAAAAUGGUGGACAAGAACUGGAAGGAAGUGAUGAAGGAAGCGGUGCUGGACCCCACUGUCAUGGACGUCAUUGAGAUCGACGAUCUUCUCCCCAGGAUGCAGAAGAGUAACGCUCUUUUGGAUCUCAUUCUCAAGGGUCUGAACGAGUACCUUGAGAAGAAACGCCUCUAUUUCCCUCGGUUUUUCUUUUUGUCGAAUGACGAGCUGCUGGAGAUACUCUCGGAGACCAAAGAUCCUACCAGAGUCCAGCCGCACUUAAAGAAAUGUUUCGAAGGGAUUGCCAACCUCACGUUCACGGAGCCUGACAAGGACAUCACCCACAUGAAAUCCAGCGAAGGGGAAGUGGUCAAGCUCAAGGACAGAAUCUCCACGGCCAGAGCUAAAGGACAGGUGGAGAAGUGGCUGCUGGAACUGGAGGCGGAUAUGGUGGCGUCUAUGAGGGCCGUGAUCAAAGAAGCUCUGGACGCGUAUGUUAUUGAACCUCGAUCCCAAUGGGUGACGGCGUGGCCAGGGCAGGCCGUUCUGUGUGUGGGUCAGGCAUACUGGACAACGUACGUCACAGAGGCCAUCACCAACGGUUCACGGGCAAUGGAGCAGUACCUCAAGCUGAACAACAAACAAAUCGACGACAUCGUUGUGCUGGUCCGAGGCAAACUAUCCAAACAAAACCGAGUCACCCUGCAGGCUCUGAUCGUCCUGGACGUUCACGCGCGUGACGUGCUGGCCAACAUAGUGGAGGAAGAGCUCACCAGUCCUCUAGACUUCAAGUGGCUGAGUCAGCUACGUUACUACUGGGAGGAUGAAAACAUGGUUACUCGCAUGAUUAAUUCUCAACUGAACUACGGUUACGAAUACCUGGGCAACAGUGGUCGCCUGGUCAUCACACCUCUCACAGACAGGUGUUACAGAACUCUGUUCGGAGCUCUUCACCUUCACCUCGGAGGUGCCCCGGAAGGUCCGGCUGGGACAGGGAAAACAGAGACCACCAAAGACUUGGCAAAGGCCGUGGCCAAACAGUGCGUGGUCUUCAACUGCUCAGACGGGCUCGACUACAUCGCACUCGGCAAAUUUUUCAAGGGUUUGGCUUCGUGCGGGGCCUGGUCAUGUUUUGACGAGUUUAAUCGGAUUGACUUGGAGGUGUUGUCUGUUGUGGCCCAGCAGAUCCUCACCAUUCAGAGAGGUAUCAACUCUGGCGCCGACACUCUUCUGUUCGAGGGCACGGAGAUCAAGCUGGACCCGACCUGCUCUGUCUUCAUCACCAUGAACCCUGGCUACGCCGGCCGCUCCGAGCUGCCUGAUAACUUAAAGGCUUUGUUCCGAACAGUGGCCAUGAUGGUACCCGACUAUGCCCUCAUCGCUGAGAUCUCGCUCUACUCGUGCGGUUUCGUCAUCGCUCGGCCGCUCUCGAUAAAGAUCGUGGCUGUCUAUCGACUGUGCUCGGAGCAGCUCUCCUCUCAAUGCCACUACGAUUAUGGCAUGCGAGCCGUGAAGUCAGUUCUCACUGCUGCAGGGAACCUCAAGUUGCGCUAUCCAGAGGAAGACGAGAACAUCCUCAUGCUGCGCUCCAUCAUUGACGUGAAUCUGCCCAAGUUCCUGGCACAGGACCUGCCGCUGUUUGCUGGCAUAACCUCUGACCUUUUCCCCGGGGUUCACCUGCCCGAGCCAGACUACAAGAUCAUGAACGAGAACGUGCAAGCCGCCUGCAUUGAAUACAAUUUUCAGUGUACUCCUUUCUUCCUAACAAAGAUACAAGAGAUCUAUGAGAUGAUGAUCGUCCGUCACGGUUUCAUGAUAGUGGGCGACCCAAUCGGAGGGAAAACUUCGGCCUACAGAUCCCUCGCCAACGCCCUUGGCAGAAUUGAACAACAGGGUCUGCUGGAGGAGAACAGUGUGGAGAUUUCGGUGAUCAAUCCUAAAGCCAUUACGAUGGGCCAGCUGUACGGCAGGUUUGACCCUGUCUCCCAUGAGUGGUCAGACGGUGUGCUGGCCGUGUGCUAUCGCAACUUCGCCAUCUCCAACAAUCAUCACCGCAAAUGGCUCAUCUUUGACGGGCCGGUGGACGCCGUGUGGAUCGAGAACAUGAACACAGUUCUGGACGACAACAAGAAACUCUGCCUCAUGUCAGGGGAGAUCAUUCAGCUCAUGCCCACCACUAACCUCAUGUUCGAGCCCAUGGACCUGGAGGCAGCCUCGCCCGCCACGGUCUCCCGCUGCGGCAUGAUCUACAUGGAGCCUUCCACCCUAGGCUGGAGACCGUUGGUCAAGUCCUGGCUCCACGCCAAACCGGCGGUUUUCCUGGAGAGGAUGCGCAAGUUGGUCUCAGAUCUUUUCGAAAGAUUUGUGGACGCAGGUCUGGCUCUGCUGCGGCGGGGAGGGAUUAAGGAGCUGUCCCCAACUACUGACCAUAACCUGGUAUUCUCCCUAAUGAAUCUCAUGGACGCGAACAUGGAAGAGUUUCACAACGACGCCAAAAUCACACAGCUGGAUGACCGAGAGAUUGUCAUGUGGCUACAAUGUAUAUUCUUUUUCUGCUUCACGUGGACAGUAGGAGGCUCGUGUGAUCACAAUGGAAGGGUCCGAUUUGACGAACUGACUCGUGAACUUAUGAAGGGUGCUAUGAAGGAAUCUACCAGGGUUGCCCUGGCCCUGGUAAAGGCAGUGCCAGCCCCAGAAGAACCUUACGCCCUGCCCAUUCCGGACGCCGGUCUCAUCUACGACUACCGCUUCCUUAAAGAGAAAUUUGAAAAGCCGAAAUCUAAGAAAAAAGGAGUCCCAGAAGAAGAGCAAGACGACACACUGCUUCCGGAUGACCUGAUGGAACUGUUGGCAGAUGAUACGACGACGGGGGAGAAAAAGAUCUGUGGCCGUUGGGAGCAGUGGUCCGAGGAGCUUAAGGACUCCGCUCCUAUCCCCGCGGACGCCAUGUUUAACGAGAUCAUCGUGCCCACCGUGGACACUGUGCGCUACACCGCCAUCAUGGAGAUGCUGACGCUGCAAAACAUUCACUUCCUCCUUGUAGGGCCCACGGGCACGGGGAAGAGUGUCUACAUAACCGACUUUCUGUUGAACAAGCUGGACAAGAACGUGUACAAGCCAAACAUCAUUAACUUUUCGGCCCAGACCAGCUCCACGCAGACACAGAACAUGAUCAUGUCCAAACUGGACAAGCGGCGGAAAGGAGUCUACGGUCCACCUCCCAACAAGAGAGCCAUUGUGUUUGUGGACGACCUGAACAUGCCCAUGCCGGAGCAGUGGGGCUCCCAGCCUCCCAUUGAGCUGCUGCGCCAGUGGGUGGACCACUGGAACUGGUACGACCUCAACGACACUAGCCCUAUCAAGCUGAUGGACAUGCAGUUUAUCGGAUCCAUGGGACCUCCAGGUGGAGGGAGGAACUUCGUCACACCCAGAUUUCUGCGCCACCUCCACAGUAUAUCUGUGAAUGUUUUUGAUGACGAUACUAUGAUCACCAUCUUUUCUAAGAUCAUGAACUGGCAUCUGCAAACGAAAGAGUUCCCGGAACAGCUCUUUGCGUGCGUGCCACAGCUGAUCGCCGGAACACUGAGGGUGUACGAGGAGGCCUCCGAGAACCUGCUGCCCACCCCAGCCAAGUCUCACUAUCUGUUCAACCUGCGGGACUUCAGCCGCGUCAUACAAGGCGUCCUGCUCUGUACGCCGGCCACGAUACCCGACAUUGAUUCUUUGAAAAGGCUCUGGCUUCAUGAGAUCUAUCGAGUGUUCAACGACCGUCUCAUUGACGACCAGGACCGCACCUGGCUGUACCAGUGUAGCCGCACCACAGUAGAGAAAUGUCUGCACACCGACUUUGACUAUCUCUUCAGGCACCUGGACGUUGAAGAAGACGGGACAGUGACGGAGGACAACCUGCGCUCCCUCAUCUACUGUGACUACACAGACCCCAACAGCGACGAGAGGCUCUAUGUGGAGGCCACUGACCUGAAAGGUGUGGAGAAGGUCUUAAUGUCCUUCCUGGCAGAUUUCAACCAGAUGUCCAAAAAGCCAAUGGAUCUUGUCCUGUUUAGAUUCGCCCUGGAGCAUGUGUCCCGUAUUGCCCGCAUCCUCAAGUCUCCCCGGAGUCACGCCCUGCUGGUGGGCGUGGGCGGCUCAGGGCGACAGUCACUCACCAGGCUGGCAGCCUUCUUGUCUGACUAUGACGUGUUUCAAGUGGAGAUCUCGAAGAGCUAUACCUCAGUGGAAUGGCGUGAUGACUUGCGAAAGAUUCUGAGAAAAGCCACCGAAUCCCAACAACCUUCUGUCUUCUUGUUUUCCGACACUCAGAUAAAGCAAGAAUCCUUCUUGGAGGAUGUGAAUGGUCUUCUGAACGCUGGCGAAGUACCCGGCCUUUACGAUGUGGAUGAAAAAGCCGAAAUCUGUGAGAAAAUGAGACAAUUUGACAGACAACGAGACAAAACUCAACAGACGGACGGCUCGAUGGUGGCUCUGUUCAAUCUGUUCGUGUCGCGAGUGAGGGACCUGCUGCAUGUUGUGCUCACCAUGAGUCCCAUAGGAGACGCGUUCAGAACCCGGCUCCGGAAGUUCCCGUCACUCGUCAACUGCUGCACCAUAAACUGGUUUAUGAGUUGGCCCGAUGACGCCCUCGAAGCGGUGGCCCAACACUUCCUGUCUAACGUGGAGAUGGAGGACCACGAGAGAGCCGGCGUGAUCGUCAUGUGCAAACACUUCCACCAGUCCACACAGCAUUUAUCCCAAAGGUUUCUGCACGAGCUGGAUCGUCACAACUACGUCACUCCAACGUCUUACUUGGAGCUUAUUAGCACUUUCAAAAAUUUGCUGAACGCUAAAAGAUCUCAGGUGAUGACCCAGAAGAUGCGGUACGUGGUGGGCCUGGAGAAACUGGCCUCAGCGGCGGGCCAGGUGUCGGUGAUGCAGCAGGAGCUGACGGACCUACAGCCGCAGUUGGAGAAGGCUUCCAAAGAGGUCACGGAGAUGAUGGCCGUCAUCGAGAAGGACUCAGUAGAAGUGGCCAAAGUGGAGAAGGUCGUGAAAGCUGACGAGGAGAUUGCCAACCAGCAAGCCUCAGCUGCCAAAGCCAUCAAGGACGAAUGCGAUGCCCAAUUAGCCCUGGCCAUGCCUGCACUGGAAGCAGCACUUUCAGCACUGAAUACGCUGACGCCACAGGACAUAACGGUGGUGAAGACGAUGAAGAGUCCACCGUACGGCGUGAGACUGACGCUGGAGGCGGUGUGUGUGCUGAGGGGAAUCAAGCCGGACCGGGUGGUGGCGCAGGACGGCUCGGGGAAGAAGAUCGAAGACUACUGGGGACCGUCCAAGAAGAUGCUCGGAGAUAUGAAGUUCUUAGAGAACCUCAAAGAAUUUGAUAAGGAUAAUAUCCCACCGAGCAAUAUGCAGAAGAUCCGGAAAGUGUACGUCCCAAACCCCGACUUUGACCCGGACAAGAUCAAGAUCGCCUCCACGGCCUGUGAAGGUUUAUGUAAAUGGGUCAGGGCUAUGGAUAAGUACGACGAAAACUUCAAAACACUCUGGAGAUCAACAAGCAAAAGAAGGCUGACCUAGAAUUCCAAGUGGACAUGUGUCAGAAGAAGUUGGACAGGGCCUCGCAGCUGAUUGGAGGACUUGGUGGGGAGAAGGACAGGUGGCAAAAAGCCGCUAAGACGCUCGGGGUCACUUACGACAACUUGACGGGAGACAUUCUUGUGUCGUCUGGGAUCGUGGCUUACCUCGGGGCGUUUACUUCAGCUUUCCGACUGGAAGAAGCCGAGGCAUGGAUGAAAACAGUACGAGAAGCCAACAUCCCCUGUUCAGAAGAAUUUUCCCUCACAGCAACUCUGGGUGACCAGGUCAAGAUCCGUGCCUGGACCAUUGCAGGCCUCCCUACAGACAGUUUUUCUAUAGAAAACGGCAUCAUUAUCAGCAAUUCCAACAGAUGGCCUCUAAUGAUAGACCCCCAGGGACAGGCCAACAAGUGGGUGAAGAACAUGGAGAAAAAAAACAACCUGCACGUCAUCAAGUUCACAGACAGAGACUUUAUGCGGAACUUGGAAAAUUGCUUGCAGUUCGGAACUCCCGUGUUGCUAGAGAACGUCCAGGAAGAGUUGGACCCUAUCCUGGAGCCGCUCCUGCUGAAGCAGACGUUCAAACAAGGUGGCGCCAUCUGCAUCAAGCUGGGCGACUCGGUCAUCGAGUACUCGGACGAUUUCAAAUUCUACAUCACCUCGGGUCUCAGGAAUCCUCACUACCUACCAGAAAUCUCGGUCAAGGUGACAUUGCUAAACUUCAUGAUCACACCAGAGGGUCUGGAGGACCAGCUGCUCGGUAUUGUGGUCGCCAAGGAAAGACCAGAGCUGGAGGAGGAGAAAAGCAUGCUCAUACUGCAGGGCGCCAGGAACAAGAAACAACUGAAAGAAAUUGAGGACAAAAUUCUGGAGGUUCUUUCCACAUCGGAAGGUAACAUCUUGGAGGAUGAGACAGCCAUCAAGGUACUCUCCUCUUCGAAAACACUCUCCAAUGAAAUCUCAGAGAAACAGGAAAUCGCCGAAGAGACGGAAGUGAAGAUCGACGAAGCCCGCAUGGGGUACACGCCCAUCGCCAUCCACAGCACCAUCCUCUUCUUCUCCAUAGCCGACCUGGCCAACAUAGAGCCCAUGUACCAAUACUCUCUCACCUGGUUCAUCAACCUCUUCAACAUGUCCAUCGAGAACGCCGAGAAGUCGGAUCAGCUGGCAGAGAGGCUGAAAAAUCUGCACGAACAUUUCACGUACCUGCUCUACAGCAAUGUGUGCCGUUCGCUCUUUGAGAAAGACAAACUCCUAUUCUCCUUCCUGCUGUGCGUGAAUAUCUUGAAACACCAGAACGAAAUCGACGAAGACGAGUGGCGGUUUUUCCUCACAGGCGGAGUCGGGCUGGACAACCCCUUGCAAAAACCCGCCGAUUGGCUUCCCGACAAGUCCUGGGACGAGCUGUGCCGUCUCAACGAACUGCCGCAGUUCAAGGGAAUCUCGGUCACCUUCUCGGAGGAGACCGCAGAAUGGAAGGUCGUGUACGACAGCAUGAUUCCGCACAAAGAGAAACUGGCGGGUGAAUGGCAAGACAAACUGAACCUCUUUCAGAAGAUGCUCACACUUCGGGUGUUCAGACCUGAUAAGGUGCUUCCCGCUGUCCAAGACUUCGUGACGGAAAAGAUCGGCAAAAAGUUCAUCGAGCCGCCGCCCUUUGACCUGCCCAAGUCGUACGCCGACAGUAACUGCACCACGCCCCUACUCUUCGUGCUCUCCCCGGGCUCCGACCCCAUGGCGGCUCUGCUCAAGUUUGCAGACGACAAUAGCAUGGGAGGAGACAAGUUUGACUCCCUGUCCCUGGGCCAAGGUCAAGGUCCUAUUGCCAUGCGAAUGGUGGACAAAGCGGUGAAAGACGGGCUGUGGGUUGUUCUACAGAACUGCCAUCUCGCCGCGUCCUGGAUGCCAACUUUGGAGAAAAUCUGUGCUAGCAUGGGAGGAGACAAGUUUGACUCCCUGUCCCUGGGCCAAGGUCAAGGUCCUAUUGCCAUGCGAAUGGUGGACAAAGCGGUGAAAGACGGGCUGUGGGUUGUGCUACAGAACUGCCAUCUCGCCGCGUCCUGGAUGCCAACUUUGGAGAAAAUCUGUGCUGAGUUCUCCGAGGACCAGACUCACCCAGACUUUCGCCUGUGGUUGACCUCCUACCCGUCCACGACGUUCCCAGUUUCCAUCCUUCAAAAUGGAGUCAAAAUGACCAACGAAGCACCUAAGGGCCUGCGGUUCAACAUUAUCAAAUCAUAUAAGUCCGAUCCCAUAUCUGAUCUGGAGUUCUUCAAUAACUGCAAGCAAAUGGUGAUCUUCAAGAAGAUGUUAUACUCACUUUGCUUUUUCCACGCCCUGGUUCAAGAACGACGUAAAUUCGGCCCUCUGGGUUGGAACAUACCUUAUGAAUACAAUGACACCGACCUCCGUAUCAGUGUGAUGCAACUGCAGAUAUUCCUCAACCAAUACGAGGUUCAAUGCGUCUGUCUCUUCUCACAGGUGAUCUUCAAGAAGAUGUUAUACUCACUUUGCUUUUUCCACGCCCUGGUUCAAGAACGACGUAAAUUCGGCCCUCUGGGUUGGAACAUACCUUAUGAAUACAAUGACACCGACCUCCGUAUCAGUGUGAUGCAGCUGCAGAUAUUCCUCAAUCAAUACGAGGAAGUACAGUAUGAAGCCCUCCGUUACCUGACAGGGGAGUGUAACUACGGGGGUCGAGUGACAGACGGGUGGGACAGGAGGACCCUCAUGACCAUCCUGAACCGCUUCUACUGCCCGGAGCUGGUCACCCAGGACGAGUUCUACUUUGACCCGGACAGACUGUACAAACUGCCGCCAGACGGAGACCACGAGAGCUAUUUGACGUACACCCAAAGCCUGCCUAUCCUAGCUGCCCCAGAGGUCUUCGGCAUGCACUCAAAUGCCGAGAUCACAAAGAACCAGGCUGAGACACAGUUGCUCUUUGACAACAUUCUCAUGACGCUGGGUACAUCAUCCUCCAAGGGAGGCAAAUCCUCCGACGAAGUUGUGGACAGCGUGUCAGCCGACAUUCUCGAGCGGCUUCCGGAGAACUUCGACACGGAGAUCGCCCUGAGGAAGUACCCGACGUCGUACAGCGAGAGCAUGAACACAGUGCUGGUGCAGGAGAUGGUGCGCUUCAACAGGCUGCUCAGCGUAGUGCGCAGUACCCUGAUCAACAUCCGGAAAGCCCUCAAGGGUAUGGUAGUGAUGUCGGGCGACAUGGAAGAAGUGGUGGCCAGCAUACUUACCGGGAAGAUCCCGGCACUCUUCAAGAAAUACUCCUACCCGUCUCUGAAACCAUUAGGGAGCUACAUCAACGACUUUCUCACCCGACUGCAAUUCUUACAAAACUGGUAUGACAACGGACCUCCGCCGUCCUUUUGGAUUUCCGGAUUUUUCUUCACACAAGCGUUCUUAACCGGUGCCCAGCAAAAUUAUGCUCGGAAGUACACGAUCCCUAUUGACCUGCUGGGGUAUGACUUCCAAGUGCUGGAAGACAAGGAAUACAACACACCCCCAGAAGACGGAAUCUAUGUGUAUGGUCUGUUUCUGGAUGGAGGACGAUGGGACAGGGAGACCAAAUUCCUGAACGAAUCUCACCCGAAAAUAUUGUCUGAUCGCAUGCCUCCAAUGUGGCUGCAGCCGAUCAAAAAGGCGGACCUGAACCGCACGGACGCGUACGAGUGUCCUGUGUACAAGACGAGCGAGCGGCGAGGCACUCUGUCCACUACUGGUCACUCCACCAACUUCGUCCUAGCCAUGCUGCUGCCAUCUGACAAGCCAGAGUCGCACUGGGUCUGCAGGGGGCUUGCCUUGCUCUGUCAACUGGACAAUUGAUAGGUUCAAAUUCCAGUUGACAAAUUGUUUGGGGUUAGAAUCUAUUAGGAAAACAAUGUUGUUUUUUUCGUAUGGAUUAUAGAGAAUGUUUAUUUUUUGCUUGAAAUUACGUAUAAUAUUAUUACUUUGGCAUUCUAUAAGGAAACAAUGAACGUGGCAACACCCAAAAGGGUAUAAGCGGCGGAUAAAAACCCAAAAAAUGAACAUGCACGUGUUUUUCCCUAUAAAAGGAAUAAUUAUUAUUCCUCAUUUGAGAGCGAUGCACUUGUGUCAAUGCGCUUGGGUUAAAGCAACAAAGUGUAAUCAUUCAUGGUCACAGAAACGGUGUGAAAAAAAUACUUCGUUUCGUUUUGCUCCAAUUUUUACAAGAAUUAUUUUUUAUUCACAUGCCCACUCCAAAGAUAGCUCGCAACCUUCUUUUCCUUUUUAAAAACCUAUGUCGUUGUGUCUUUCAGAGCGAUUAUAGAAAUGGCUCUUACAAGAAUGUAUAUCUGUUUCAAACAAUGCCAUGAAAUAAAGUUUCGUUUUUUUUAAAAAACUAUAAAACGUGUUACUCAUUUCUGUUCUUUAAAUAGAUUCGGUUGGAAGUCAAACUCUAUUAUGUUCAGCUUAUUUUUAAAAAAACUACUAUUUCUUUAACAGGGCUUCCAAGAAAUUAGAUACACAGCAAAAAGCAAUUUUAUUUUGAUUGACUGAUUUUGAACAUCUCUAUUGUCUUAUGUUGCCUUGAGGCUUUACUUUACUGACUGUGAACGUUUUUGACUAAUUCUCUGACCAGAGUAUAAAUAUAAGAAUGUGUAGGUCGCAGUAUUUCUGAAACUCUUUGG